ACAAAAAGUGAUAAUCAUCGAGCCAAUACGUAGUAGGAGGAAAAAGCGGUGGAGAAAGUUAAUUAAAAAAAAGAAAAAAAAAGCAGGGGAAAAAUAAUGCUGGCGAAGGAAUCGGGUGCAUCGACCUUCGAUCUUCCCGAGGAGGUGCUGGAAGUGCUGCCGUCGGAUCCGUACGAGCAGCUCGAUGUGGCCCGCAAGAUCACCUCCAUCGCCCUGUCGACACGUGUCUCCGCCCUCGAGUCCGAGUCCGCCGACCUCCGGGCCGAGCUCUCCGACAAGGACGCCCUCAUCUCCGACCUCCAGUCCCAGGUCGAGUCCCUCGACGCCUCCCUCGCCGACGCCCUCGACAAGCUCGCCAGAGCCGAGCAGGAAAAGGAGAAGCUGUUGACCGAGAACCAGUCACUCUCCAACACUGUGAAGAAGCUGAACAGAGAUGUCUCCAAGUUGGAGAUAUUCAAAAAGACUCUUAUGCAAUCACUUCAAGAGGAUGAAGAAACUCCGGCUAAACCUCUGCAGGUCAUUGCUAAGCCAACACCGAGUGAAGACGAUUCUUCAUUGCCUCCAUCAAGAUCUUCUUCCAUCCAGAGUCAUGCUGCUGAGGCUGGAAACUCACUAGCCGAGGAUCGUGCUACGGAAACAGCUCGUCAGAGGCCUGGGCUGACACAUGGACUCUUGUUAGCUUCUCAAACAAGCACUCCUCGGCUCACUCCUCCCGGUUCACCUCCAAGUUACUCUGCUACCGCUUCUCCGACAAAAGUGUCCAAGCCGGCAUCCCCUAGACGGCAUGCCAUGUCAUUCUCUACCUCACGGGGCAUGUUUGAUGACCGGUCUUCCAUGUUCUCUUCUGUGCCACAAAGCCCCUAUGGUUCCACGUCUGGGUCCGAGACAGGGUCGCACCCUACAAGAACUCGUGUUGAUGGGAAAGAAUUCUUCCGACAAGUAAGGAGCCGUUUGUCGUACGAACAGUUUGGCGCAUUUUUAGUAAAUGUCAAGGAAUUGAAUUCCCACAAGCAAACAAGAGAGGAAACACUGAGGAAGGCCGAGGAGAUCUUCGGGGCAGAGAACAAGGACCUCUAUGUGAUAUUCGAGGGGCUGAUCACUCGCAAUGUCCAUUGAAAUCUGCUGAAAGCACUUCAACUUCGGUGUAUGUUAGUGCCAUAUUUGUUCCCACGCCUAGUCACUUAGCUCGGAUUUAGAUUCUCACAUUUUUUUUUUAAUUUGCUGUAAAUCAAUGAAUAAUUACAAAGGUUUAAUAAAUUAUUCAGUCACUCUUAUGUUGUGCCAAA